AUGCUUCCACCUCCAAUUGACCAAUUUUCAAGUUAUGAUGAACUCCUUGCUCAUGUUCGAGCCUUUGUUUUAACUCAAGGAUAUGCUGUAACCAUAAAAAGAACUCGAACUGAUGUAAAUGGCAAAGUCAAGAAUGUGACAUUGUGUUGUGACAGAGGUGGCUCUUAUAGAAAUAGUUUGAACCUGACAGAUGAUUUACGUUGUAGGCAGACAGCAUCAAGACUUUUGGAUUGUCCAUUUGAGCUCCAUGGGACCAGACGCAAUGGUGUUUGGUUUCUUGAGGUUCGCAAUUCUGAGCAUAAUCACGAAGCAUCAGAGGAUAUGUCUGGUCAUCCAAUUGCUCGCAGGUUGAACACUGAGCAACGAGAGCUAGUUCAGCAAAUGUCUGCCGCUGGAUCCCAUCCUCGUGAAAUUUUGUCAACCAUUCAUCAGAGUGAUCUUUCUUCUAUGGCCACAUCUAGAACAAUCUACAAUACUUUGCAUUCCAUUCGUGAAGAAAGACUUGAUGGUCGUACACCAAUUCAAGCUCUUUUUGACAAAUUACAAGAAUCUGACUUCGAAUUUGAUUAUCAACGUGACCAUCAAAAUCACAUCACACACCUUUUUUUUGCACACAGGAUAUCCAUUGCCUUGACUCGUACCUAUCCUGUUGUAUUACUUUUGGAUUGUACAUACAAAACAAACAGAUAUCGUAUGCCUCUUCUAAAUGUUGUUGGAAUGACAAGCUUUAACACAACAUUCUUUUCCUGCUUUGCCUUCCUGAAAGAUGAAAAAGAAGCAGAUUAUGAAUGGGCCUUGACUUGCAUUUCAAAGAUCUUUAAUGGAAUGUCUCAUCCUAAAGUCAUUGUCACUGAUCGAGAAUUAGCACUGAUGAAUGCCAUUGGUAGAAUCUUUCCUGGUGCUCAUCAUCUUCUAUGUAUUUGGCACAUAAACAAGAACAUUUUAGCUAAAUGUAAACGUCACUUUGCUACAGAAGAAGAUUGGACCGAGUUCAUUGAAUUGUGGAAGGCAGUUACAGCAUCUAUCACUGAACAAGACUUCACAACCAAAUGGAAUGAAUUUUUAGAAUGCUAUGCGAGUAAGCCCAACGUCCUGCAGUAUCUUCAAGAAACCUGGAUCCUACAUAAAGAAUGCUUCAUUUCUGCCUGGGUUGAUCGUUACUUGCAUCUUGGUAACAAAGCAACUUCACGAGUAGAAGGUGCACAUGCUACUCUUAAAAAGUAUUUGCAGUCAUCCAGAGGUGAUCUUGAGUCAGUACAUCGUAAGAUCAUAUUGCAAGUAGAGUCUCAAGCAAAGGAAAUCCGUGCAAUGAUCUCUUCUGAACGUCUAAAAGUACAACAUGUGUACCGUAUAGCUCUGUUUGAACCUCUCUUGAGUCGUGUAUCUGUUUUUGCCUUGAAAAAGAUCCGUGACGAGUGGAUCAAGGCAUCAAAUGCAACACUAGAUUCUCCCUUGAAUCCUUGCUCAGGGAUCCUUAGCUCCACGAUGGGUCUUCCAUGUUCACAUCUCAUCAGUGAACGUAUAGCAAACAGCCAAACAUUGCAGCAAACUGAUAUCCAUGAACACUGGUGGAUCAAAGGUUGCCAUUUUGAAUUCUUAGGUGAUCUUACACGUCCUGCCAAUGGUGACCAUGCUAAUCUUCAGCUUCUUUUACAAUCUUUUGCACAACAAUACCAAUUCUGGCCACCACACCAACAAGCUGCUGCUCGUACCCAGUUGGAAGAAUUGUCUUCUGCUCCUCCUGAUGUACUGGGAAACCCUGAAGUUAGUAGGCCACGAGGAAGACCAGUUGGAGCAAGAAACCAAAGCGAAGGAUCAAUGCAGAGAGAUCCAUCUGCAUUUGAGCUUGUUGAAAGAAGGCCAAGGCAAUGUGGUAUAUGUCGCCAAACUGGUCAUAAUAGCCAAACAUGUCCUACUGUGUAA